GAAGAGCCUUCGAGGAAGAUUUCUAGCGAUGGCGGACGGGAAGCCUCCAGAGCCUCUGGAAAUCGAAAACAGAAUCAUUGAGCUGUGCCAUCAGUUUCCUCAUGGCAUCACAGACCAAGUGAUUCAGAAUGACAUGCCCCACAUGGAAGCCCAGCAGCGGGCCAUGGCCAUUAACAGGCUGCUUUCUAUGGGACAACUGGAUCUCCUGAGGAGCAGCACUGGCCUUCUUUAUAGAAUCAAGGAAUCUCAGAAUACUGGUAAAAUGAAGGGAUCUGACAAUCAAGAGAAAUUGGUGUAUCAGAUUAUAGAGGAUGCAGGAAAUAAAGGUAUUUGGAGCAGGGAUAUUAGGUAUAAAAGUAAUCUUCCCUUAACUGAAAUCAACAAGAUCCUGAAGAACUUGGAAAGCAAGAAACUCAUUAAAGCUGUGAAGUCUGUAGCGGCUUCCAAGAAGAAAGUGUAUAUGUUAUACAACCUCCAACCUGAUCGUUCUGUUACGGGAGGAGCUUGGUACAGUGACCAGGACUUUGAGUCCGAAUUUGUAGAGGUGCUUAACCAACAGUGUUUCAAGUUCUUACAGACAAAGGCUGAAGCAGCUCGAGAAAGCAAACAGAACCCUAUGAUUCAGAGAAACAGUUCAUUUGCAUCCUCUCAUGAAGUAUGGAAAUACAUUAGUGAGUUAGGAGUCAGCAAGGUUGAAUUGUCUAUGGAGGACAUUGAAACCAUUCUAAACACAUUGAUAUAUGAUGGAAAGGUGGAAAUGACAAUCAUUGCUGCAAAAGAAGCAACAGCUGGUAGCGUGGAUGGACAUAUGAAGCUAUACAGAGCUGUCAAUCCAAUUUUACAGCCUACUGGUUUAAUUCGAACACCUUGUGGACUCUGUCCAGUUUUUGAUGAUUGCCAUGAAGGUGGUGAGAUAUCUCCAUCAAAUUGUAUUUAUAUGAUGGAAUGGCUGGAAUUUUAAUAGAUGAAAGCCGUCAGCUGUGAGAAUUUCUCAUGACAUGUCUUCAUGAACCAAUUAAUUUUUUCAUUUUGGACCCAUUUUUUGUAACUAUCGAUUGUGGGGAAUGGAUAGAUGGCUUGAAAAGAAAAACACACUCCAUGCCUAGAUAAAAAAGCAGCAUAUCAUUUGUUCAAUCGCAAAGCUUGCCUUUAGAAGUUGGAAAUCUGUUAUUAGACAUUUUGAAAACAACUAGUUUAGCAAGAAGAAGAAGGAGUGCGACAGAAGCUGACUGAAGCACAAUUGAAUGUUUCCAAAAUAAAGGUACUUGAAUUCUCCAGACUAAAAAUAGAAUUGAACCAAACAACAUAAACGUGUGUGACCUCCAGAAGAGCACUUUAGCACCUUAAUAGACAUAGUAUUACAAGACUAUCUCCUUUGUGAUCAUGUCCUGAUGACAUAUGGUCAGGACACCAGUGGGUGUGAAAUAUUGGGGCCAUAUUUGAACAAUUGGGAAUAGCUGGGAGAGAGUACAAGAAACAGGCUGGAGUUAUUACAUUUGAACAGCUUGAGGGCAAGAUCCCCACAGCACUGAAGCAGGACAUGAAGGCACAACAACUCUCUUCUGUUGGAGGCGCUCAGUAACUGAUAUUAAAAGCUUCUUCCUUGGAAUGUGGAAGUUUAAUAUCGCAAUUGGGGACAGAAGCCAGUGAUAGUUCCAUGUUCUCUGAUUUUUGCUAGUCCUCUUCUAAAUCCAUCUAAGCAAAUGGCUGCUUAUUGUGGCAGAGAUCUCUAGUGAGUCAAAUGCUACAACUUGCGUCUUUGAUUUGCAGGACCUUUUAAAAGUUGUAUUGUGUAGCAUUUUGUGUGUUUGGUUGCUUUUAACCCUGUUUAACAAGCCAUGUCUUCUCCAUAAUUGUGGAUUUGCAAAAUAUCAAGGAUGGUGACGGAACCUAGUUAUUGAACCUUUAUAGAGAAAGAUAUUUCCUUGGGUAGAGAAAAAGGAUAAUUUAACUAGCUAAGUUGGACAAUGGGCAAUGUAAGUGUGCCCUGGUCCUCAGUUUUCCAUCAGAUUUUGCAUCUGCAACAUUUUAUUUGUUUCAUCUUUCUGUUGAUUCAUUUUUGUUCUGGAUUUGCUUGCCAGACAUUUCUCUAUUAUGAAAAUAAAGAGGGGCCUGGCAGUUGUGCAUCCAGAUUAGUGCUAGUAAACAGCACUUAAUGAGAAUUCUUUCUCAGGGGCAGUUUAUAUUGACACAGUAAUCAAAGUGUACACAAUAAUUGAGUCAGAGAAUAGCAGAUAUCACAGUAGAGCUUCUAACAGGAAAUCAGCCCACAUGGAACAAAUAGUUCAGUGAAUACUAAAUGUGCAAAGCAGGUAAUAAAAACAAAGUCUAUGAACCAAGCUAUAUUCAGAAAAGGCAACAUUACUCAAACUCACUUCAGCAGAGAGAGCA